CCGCUACCACACCACUUUACUAACACGUUGCUAAUAACCAGCUUUUAUUUCAGCUCAUCUAAUCGGAAGUUUAACCAAUCGAUAUGCACAUUAAAACAGGUACCUGGGAGGCAAAUAACGCAGUUUGUGAGUCAGAUGCGUUAUGCGACCCUGCUGUCAUCGUCUCGCCACCUCAGGCGGAGCCACACAUCCGUAACCGCCGAUUCUCCCCAGGCUCUGGCAGCUGUGGUGGAGGGGGUGGUGGCUGCACCGCUAAAGUGAACCUUUCUUCCCAUCAGACCUCCCACAGCCAUCACGAAGUAUCCCCACACAGGACUGGUCACACACAACCUUUGGAAAGGGAGCAAAGGGGGCACAACAGAAGCAGAGUCUUUCGACGAGACGGAGGCAACCAGGGUGCACGUUAUGCAGACAAACCUCACAGAUCCACUCGGGCGCAAAAGGAGCGGUGGAUGGGAGAAACGCUGUCGUCACUUAGACCCCCGCCGGCUUUCCCAGUAAAGGACAGCCCUGCCAAACUGCAACCAGCAGUGAGCUACGCCUCCAAGGUGAAGGCGGGCGGAGCAUCUGUGGGCGUGGCCGACGAGCCACCUGGAAUCGGAGCACUUCUGCAGAAUCAGUGGGGCCUCAGCUUUAUCACCGACAGUCCAGCAGUAGAGAAUGUAGCUUCAGAUGUUCCUCAGGAGACAGAGAGCAGUCCAGAUGAGAUUGAUCAUCCUGUUGCAGGAGAGGUGACCGCUAGAAGUUCAGCAGUCAAGCAGGAAUGUGAUGAUUCUGCUUUGUUACUGCUUAGCUGUCGCCAUCUAACGGAAGCCUUGCGGUAUCACACACGAGAAUGGAAUGCCGUCCUGUGGAAACACAAACAAGAUGCUGCAAAGGUGGUCUGGUACAAGGAUUCUUCAUAGCAGCAGUCAGCAGCAGUCUGCAGCAUAACACACACCCUCACUCAAUACACACAAAGAUCAUACAUACACCUUUUCUCUCUAGCAAACUUACACAACACUCAGGUUAUUUUUCCUACACAAUCUACUUAUUGCACUCACCUCCACCCUAAUCCCCUUCUCCUUGAAAAUGAGAGAAAUGAUGCCUGCUUUGCAUGGAUGCCUUGAACGUAUCAUUUGGUGUGGAGACCCGCUCACACACUCAUUUUUACACUUGUUGAUGUUUUUAUUUUACUGUAGGAGUGAACUUUUUCUUUAACUGUAUGAACCCAUUUUUUUUUGUCAAUUAUCAGGAUGCCACCAUCUCUCUGGACCUUCAAUUUGUUUUUAGAAAUGUAUGUACGUCCAGCUGUCUCCACACCGACUGUGUUCUAAUGUCUUUUAGUGCUGUUUUUAAAACUUUUCACCUUAACUUGAAUGUAAAACCUACAAUAGAAAUGUUGUUAUGGCACUGGAAGAGAUUCAAGUGAAGUGUUGCAUAAUAAAAGCAAAUCAUGAAAAUUUUGA